ACUGAGCACAUCACUGCUGUCUGUCUGUCUGUCUCCAUCCUCUAUUUCUCCAUAGUCUUUAUAUUAUACAUCUGUGUCUGUGUGACCACCACAGUGACCCUCCCAGCCGCAAGACCAAGCUGGACACUGCAGAGGAUCAGCACCAAGGACAGAAGCGCGGACCACCUGUACUAUUGAGCAGGGUCCCAGAUUCAGCACCUUGGACAGCGCUCUCUACUACCUGCUGUGUGCCCCAUCAAUAUCAUAAGGGCUCAAGAGCAGUCAAUGACCCCAUAUACGGACAUCAGCAGCCAAUACACCGUGUGCAAAGUUUCAAAAGUCUAAGGACACCUGCUGCAGCCUGUUCACCAAAUAGGACCCAAGCUAAAGCCUAUACAGUCUGUGGAACCUACUAGGCACAAGCUUUGCACAGCACCAUCUAUUGCCAAGAUCUGAGCCACCAGUCAACAUUCAGUGCAUAGCACCAACAGUCUCAGAACCCCCCAAAAAGCCUUCACACCCCAUCUACAGCUUGUUCACCACUUGCAUCAAACUGGCACAACUCCCGGACCGCCCUAAAGCCAUGUCCCUGUCUGUGCCCCCCGCAGACAGUCUCAAGCUCCUAGUCCUGGGGGCAGCUGGGGUGGGGAAAACUGCCCUGAUCCAGCGCUUCUUGCACGACAGCUUUGAGCCCCGCCACAGGCGCACAGUAGAGGAGCUGCACUGCCUGGCGCCUGUCCCCGGGGCUCUUCCCAUUCGCCUGGAGAUCCUGGACACCAGCGGGAGUUACUCCUUCCCAGCCAUGCUCAAGUUGAGGAUCCGCCAGGCAGACGCCUUUCUCCUGGUCUUCUCACUAAAUGACCAGGACACAUUCCAGGAACUGGAGCGGCUGAGGGAAGAGAUCUUGUUGGUCAGGGGCGACCUGGAUGCACCUAUGGUAGUGGUGGGGAACCAGACUGACCUGUUCCCAGGGGUAGACACUGGACCUGGGCAGCUUCUCUCAGUAGAAGCAGCGGCAGUUGCUGAGCUGCAGUGGGAAUGCGGAUAUCUGGAGACCUCGGCCAAGCUGGACCACAGAGUGCGAGACGUGUUCCAAGACCUCCUCCGCCGGGUAAACCUUCCUUGUUUGCUAAGUCCCGCGCUAGAGAGGCGCAGAGCCAGCGCGGAGCCAGAGAAAAGGCAGCAUAGGAGGAGGAGGCAGCACAAUUGUAUGGUGUCCUAGAGGUGCUUACAGCUGCAUUGUACUUUAUGGUGCCCUAGAGGUGCUUACAGCUGCAUUGUACUUUAUGGUGCCCUAGUGGUGCUUACAGCUGCAUUGUACUUUAUGGUGUCCUAGAGGUGCUUACAGCUUCAUAGUACUUUUAUGUUGUCCUAUAAGUCCUAUAUGGAGACCGAAGGAUGACGAAGGUCAUAGUGUCCCAAAGGUGCACAAAGGCAGCUACAACUGUAAGUGUCCUUGAUGGCUGGAACCAUUAGGACUGACCUGAAAUCUUAAUUGUAUUAUUGACAAGACUCGAGGAACUACUCAUCCAAGUUGCUUAGCUUAUUGUCUAAGACUGCAAAUAACUGACCCAGAUGCGGUGUGCCCAGGUGCAGGGCUGCCCCCUAUAGGAACUAACAUGGUGCGUAACCACAGUGUCCAUAGAGUCUGACUCCCUGGUACCUCUAGGACAAAAGAUCAAACGAUGUUCAUGUAUCAACUGAACUAAAUAUUGUCUUAGAGUUGCUUCAUCAGUGAAAGAGACAGAACUGGCAUUUACCCAGACACUGGCAGCCACCUGUUCCAAUGGUGACACAAUGAAAGUGACAUCAUUCAGAGGAAUCAGAGACAAUAACUUUUACCUGUAAAAGCAAAUACAUAAACUUGUCCUCAGAUAAGAAUCUUUUUUAUGUAUAUACCCAAAUCUGAUAAACCAUAUUGUGUAUAAACAUAAUUGACUGUGUUACACCGAAGUCAGGGGUUGUUUGGGAAGGCUGAUAGACUUUAGGUGCACUUACAAAGGUGGUCCCUGCUUGGGCUGUUCAAUAGCGCAGUCACUGAUAUAGACCUACCCAAGUAAUCUCUGAGUAGUGAAGCUGAGAAUCACUUUAAAGGGACAGUCUACUCCAGAAUUUAUAUUGUUUAAAAAGAUAGAUAAUCCCUGUAUUACCCAUUCCCCAGUUUUGCAUAACCAACACAUUUAUAUUAAUACGCUUUUUUUUACCUCUGUGAUUACCUUGUAUCUAAGCCUAUGCAGACUGCCCCCUUAUUUCAGUUAUUUUGACAGACUAGCAUAUAAGCCAAUCAGUGUUGACUCCUAGGAAACUGCACAGAAUUGAGCACAACGUUAUCUAUAUGACACACAUCAACUAGCAGCCUUCAAGGUCUUAGAAAAUAGAAUAUGAGCCUACCUAGGUUUAGCUUUCAACAAAGAAUACCAAGAAGACAAAGCAAAUGUGAUAAAAGUAAUUUAGAAAGUUGUAUAAUAUUGCAUGCCCUAUCUGAAUCAUGAAAGUUUAAUUUUGACUAGACUGUCCCUUUAAGUAACAUGGUAACCUAGGUGUGGCACCGUCUGUGCACAGAUUAAAAACCAGAAUAAGGCUAGCAGUCGUUAUCAUACAUAAGGGUCCAUAAAAAUCCUUUAGAAAACCUUAGGAAUUCAUUUAUAUACAAAAAUUCCCUUACAAUUUACAUUUUUCUACAGGAAUUUUGAUUGACCCUAUAGCUUUUCAUUCUUACACCGUGCUUCUUCUACAAAGACCACUCCUGAUGCCAGCUAGAAAUUUUCUUUGCAGUUAGUUAUUCCCAGCAACCCCCCCCCCCAUGCAACAACCAACAGUAACAGUUUGUGCUAUAUCUAGAGCUGUGACACAUGGUAGUGCUAGUGUAGUAUUACUAGCUAUACCCUCUAUGGGAAGUAAUAUCUACUGAAGCUGAGAAGGAAAAUAUUUACUUUUACUAAGCUCCAGCCUCCUCCUGGAGUUUUCUAUAGACCAAACUCUCUAUAGAGAGACAAACUAGGAAGUGUCAGCUAAAUCCAAGGAAAUUGGCACUGCCCUAUGAGUCAGCCUUAAAAAAUAUAUGAGUAUUGUCUUAGAAAGCAUAGAGAUUUCAAGAUAUGUUUGUAUUGUUUUUUUUAUCUUUUGUUAAUUGAUAUAUGUUGUAUUGUUUGAUAUACUUUGCAGUAAAAGUCAAUUUAAUCUUAAAAACAAGUUUUUAUUUUUAUUAUUUCCAAAAACCAACUAUUUCAAGAUUCUAUUGUACAGGGUAAGUUAAUUUUAGUUCUGACCUGUUUCCUGAUGACAGAGUGCAAAACCUGGAUAUGUUAAAGAGUUAUAUUUUCUACUAGUGUGUCAUAAUAUUCAGUUUAAUUAGAGAGAAAGACACAGGUACCUAGACACUCAGGUAGAUAGAUGUACAGAUGGUGUGAAUGGAUAGAUGAUAGUUGGGACUGUGGGUGAAUAGAUAGACAGACAGAUAAUAUAUAAGCAGGUGAAUGCAUGGGUGUGUAGAUAGAUAAACAGAACGUUGGUCAUGCUGGAGAAUGGAUAGAUGAGAGACAGAUAGAUAGACACACAGACAGACAUGAUCCGAAUGGGUAGCUAGAUAUACAGACAAAUAGAUAUAUAGAUAGAUAGAUAGAUAGAUAGAUAGAUAGAGGGAAAGAAAGGUACAGACAGACAGCCAGGCAUAUAGAUAAAUAGAUAGACAUAUAUAGAUUGAGUAAUAAAUAGAUAGAUAAACAGAAAAAGAGAGAGAUAGCGAUAGACAGAGAUAGAUAGAUGAUAUAUAUAUAUAUAUAUAUAUAUAUAUAUAUAUAUAUAUAUAUAUAAAAAUGAUAAACAGAUAUACUGUAUAUGUUAAAUAGACAGAUAGAAAGAUAAAUAUGGAGCAAUAGAUUGAAAGAAAAAUACAGACAGGCAGACAGAUAUAGAUAGAUAGAUAGAUAGAUAGAUAGAUAGACAGGUAGAUAGAUAGAUAGACAGAUAGACCGUCCGAUAUAAGGACAGACAUUUUUUUAUGCUAGCAAACGAAUCAAACAAACAUAAAUCAGUAGGUCAGUUCCCCUUUUUUUGGCCAGUACAACAUAUUUGUUUUUGAACGCAUUAAAUCCAUUAAACAAUGGAGAUCAGUAAAUCAUUAAACAAGCUUAUAAAACAAUUCUUAACUCUUUAGGCUACCAUCAAGAGCUUCUGUACAAGGAGCUGAGACUCUUAUUAGCAUCUUGUGGAUUAAUGAAUUCAAUUGUCUACAAACCAAUUCAAUAACUUGUUUCCCUGAUAAUUAUUUUACAAAAUAUUUUGACAUUUAUGUCUCUCUUUUUUUAUUUUGAUUAAAAUGAGAAAUGAAAAAAAAUAAAGGAUCAUGAAAAGA